AUGCACUCCCGUCUCCUCGUCUCUGGCCUUCCCAGACUCUCCACAUGGACGUGUGGGGCCCAUCCGGCCCCCGUCGGUGGAACGAGCCAGGAGCGCUACUUCCUGCUGGUCGUUGACGACUACACGCGCUACACCACGGUCUUCCCCUUGCACAGCAAGGCGGAUGCCCACAGUGUUUUGAUCCCCUGGAUCUGCGCUACUCGUAACCAACUGCGCGAGCGGUUUCAGCACGACCUUCCAGUCCUGCGUCUGCACUCUGACAGGGGCAGUGUGUUCUCUUCCGGCCUCCUUGCGGAGUUCUAUCGAGACGAGGGCAUCGUCCAGUCGUUCACGCUUCCGGCCUCUCCGCAACAGAAUGGGGUUGCUGAGCGUCGCAUUGGCUUGAUCAUGGAGGUUGCUCGUACCUCCAUGAUCCAUGCGGCUGCUCCCCAUUUUCUGUGGCCGUUUGCGGUCUGGUACGCCGCGCAUCAGCUCAACCUCUGGCCCCGUGUCCCUUUGCCAGACACCUCGCCCAUUCUCCAUUGGACGGGAGAGGUUGGUGAUGCGUCGAUGUUUCGGGUCUGGGGCGAGCUCUCCCUUGUUCGCGAUACCACCGCGAGCAAGCUCUCUCCACGCACUCUUCGCUGCGCCUUCCUGGGCUUUCCCACUGACGCCCCGCCGUGGCAGUUUUACUACCUUGCCUCGCGACGUGUCCUUUCCUCCCAGGUGGUCACGUUUGACGAGUCUGUUUGUUUCUACAGGCUCCACCCGCACGCGUCCCACCCGGUCCCGCUGGCGCCUCUCUUCCUAGUACCAGUUCCCCCCUCGGUAGACCCCCUCCCCCCACAGGGUCCUGCUCCCUCAGGUGUGUCUCAGGUAGACCCACCCCCCUUGGUUGAGCCUUUAGAGAUCUCGUCUGACUCUUGUGGCCCCGCUGAGGGGGGUGACCCCGCCGCUAACAACACGACGGCCACUCGCCGCUCUCCACGCUUGGAGACCCCUCCUGGUUUUUCGCCUCGAUCGUCUUCGCCGCCUCUGCAGCCUGUCGCUGUGGACACUAGUGCUGCUGGGGGUGGUGCCACUGGGGGCGAGGACUCUGGGGGUGCUGAGACUGGGGGUGCUGCGAGUCCUUCUAGUGGUGGGGCUGUGGGUGCUCCUGCUGUAGGUCAUGGCGUUGGACAACAGCAGCCGCCUAGUCUACUCGAGACACUCUCACCGCAGCAGCUUCGUGAGUGGGUCGUUCGGCGCGGCCGCUCUGGUGCCGGAGCUUGGAGUUUCCUAGACACUGGAGUUGCUAGUGCUGGAGGUGCUGCUGGUGCUGGAGGUGCUGGUGGUGCUGGUGGUGGUGCUGCUGGUGCUGGUGGUGCUGGUGGUGGUGGUGCUAGAGGUCCUACUGGAGCUGCUGGUGCUAGAGGUGCUGCUAGAGCUACUGGUGCUGGAGGUGCUGCUGGUGCUGCUGGUUUUGGAGGUGCUACUGGUGCUGGAGCUGCUGUUGGUGCUGGAGGUGCUGGAGCUGCUGGUGCUGGAGGUGUUGCUGGUACUGGUGGUGCUGCUGGGGCUGGAAGUACUGGAGCUGCUGGCACUAGAGGUGCCAGAGCUGGAGCUGCUGGUGCUGGAGGUGCUAGAGCUGGAGGUCCGAGAGGUUCUGGAGCUGCUUGUGCUGGAGGUACUGGAGCUGCUGGUGCUGGAGGUACUGGAGCUGCUGGUGCUGGAGGUGCUGGAGCUGGAGGUGCUGGUGCUACUGGAGCUGGAGGUACUGGAGGCGCUGGAGAUGCUACUGCUGUUGGUACUGAAGGUGCUGCUGGAGCUGGAGGCGCUGGAGCUGCUGGUGCUGCUGGAGCUGCUGGAGGUGCUGGAGGUGCUGGAGGUGCUGGUGCUGCUGGCAUUGGAGGUGCUGCUGGAGCUGGAGGCGCUGGAGCUGCUGGUGCUGCUGGAGCUGGUGGUACUGGAGGUGCUGGAGGUACUGGAGUUGCUGACUACCCGGAUGCACUUGACAUCCCUACCCCGCGCACUUACGCUGAGGCGAUUGCGGGUGAGUACUCCUCUCAGUGGCAGACAGCCAUGGACGCGGAGAUAGAAUCCUGGAAGUCCACAGGCACCUACGUCGACGAGGUUCCCCCUCCUGGGGCGAACAUAGUCGAUGGCAUGUGGAUCUUCCGAAUGAAGCGGCCGCCGGGUUCCCCGCCUGUCUUCAAGGCGCGUUACGUUGCUCGAGGCUUCAGUAAGCGAUGGGGGGUCGACUUCUUUCAGACCUUCUCCCCCACCCCGAAGAUGACUACUCUUUGGGUGUUGCUGCACGUUGCAGCACAGCGUGACUACGAGCUGCACUCCCUCGACUUCUCCACAGUUUUGUUGCAGGGCAGCCUUCACGAGGAGAUCUGGCUGCGCCGCCCACCUGGCUUCACUGGGUCGUUUCCUGCGGGUACUGAGUGGCACCUUCAGCGGCCGGUCUACGGUCUCCGCCAGGCGCCUCGCGAGUGGCACGACACACUGAGGACGACGCUUGCGGCUCUUGGGUUUGCUCCUUCGACUGCUGACCCGUCGCUGUUUCUACGCACUGACACUUCUCUGCCGCCGUUUUACAUCCUCGUGUACGUCGACGACUUGGUUUUUGCUACUGCUGACACUGAGGCACUGACCCUCGUGAAGUCGGAGCUGCAGAAGAGACACACAGACACUGACCUGGGUGAGCUGCACAGCUAUCUUGGCUUGCAGAUCACCCGGGACAGAGCACGGCGCACCAUCACUCUGACUCAGUCACAUAUGGUGCAGCAGGUCCUUCAGCGCUUCGGCUUCCAGUUCUCCUCGCCACAGCCCACUCCUCUUCCUAGAGGUCACUCGCUCUCAGCUCCACCUUUGGACGAGUCCGUAGAGCCGAGUGGUCCGUAUCAAGAGCUCGUGGGUUUCCUCAUAUACCUGAUGACGUGCACACGGCCUGACCUCGCGUACCCUCUCAGCCUCCUUGCUCGCUAUGUGGCUCCUGGCAGACACCGAAAGGUGCAUUGGGAUGCUGCUAAGAGGGUACUGCGUUACUUGUGCAGUACAUCGGGCAUAGGGCUCGUGCUUGGAGGACGGGGUUCAGUUGUACUCACUGGACACUCCGACGCUUCUUGGGCUGACGACCAGGCGACUCAGCGGUCGUCACAGGGUUACACCUUCAGUCUUGGCUCUGGCUUUAUUUCGUGGAGGUCCACUCGUUCGUCUUCUGUGCUUAGUUUUAGCUAUGAGGCCGAGAUCUACGUCGGGGCUAUGGCUGCACAGGAGCUGCGCUGGCUGACCUACCUGCUGACCGACUUGGGGGAGAAGCCUCGUUCUCUUCCAGUUCUGUACGUAGACAACAAGGCCAUGCUGGCCUUGUGUCACGAGCGGAGGCUGGAGCACAGAUGA